UAGCAUUUGCCUUCUCCUUGCUUCUCUUAUUGUGUCCACGCUUACUUUUGGUUUGUCUUAUUUUUCUUUUUUCUGAGGACUAACUUUUGACCCUUCACCUAGCUGUUCUGUCAUCCUCGACUAUGGCAGCGCCACAACACAGUCUGAACAGGAGUGAAUCAACGGUGGUCGAGCCUGUGCAGCAAGAUGUUGAGAAACAGGAAAUUACAGAUGCUACCAACGCGGCACCCACUGCCCAACAGGCCUUCCCCGAAACCGAUCUCAGCCGAGGAAUUGUGGGAUGGGACAGUCAAGGCGAUCCAGCAAACCCGCAGAAUUUCGCAGAGGCCAGGAAAUGGAGUCUUCUUCUCCUCAUUAGCGGAUUCACUCUCAUUUCACCUCUUGCGUCCAGCAUGUUCUCCCCGGCGAUCAGCUACAUGGCGGCGGACUUCCGUGAGACCAAUGAAACCAUCCUGUCCUUCACGGUCAGUGUCUUCUUACUAGGAUAUGCGUUUGGUCCCUGCCUCAUUGCUCCGCUCAGCGAGAUAUAUGGCCGCCGAAUUGUUUUCAGCUCCGCCAACUGGUUCUUCGUUGUAUGGCAAAUUGGAUGCGCACUGGCCCAAAAUACUGCGACAGAGGUGGUAUGUCGCUUUUUCGCAGGUGUUGGAGGAUCAGGUUGUCUCACUCUUGGUGCCGGAGUGAUUGCAGACCUGUUUCCAGUCCACCAACGCGGUAAAGCUACUGCAAUCUGGGCUUUAGGGCCACUGAUGGGCCCUGUUAUUGGCCCAAUUGCUGGCGGGUUUAUUGGCGAGGAAAUAGGCUGGCGCUGGGCCUUUUGGAUUGUGAUGAUUGCGGGUGGAGUUAUGGCCUUAGCUAUUGAGCUGCUGAACCAGGAGACCUGUGCUCCUGUCAUAAUCAAGCGCAAGACUGCGCAAUUAUCUAGCCAGCUAGGGCGCAAUGAUCUCCGCAGCGCAUAUGAGACCAGCGCUGACAGUGACUCUGUCGGGACGGCCUUGAAGCACGGUCUUAUGCGACCUAUUUUACUCUUCUGCAAGUCGCCUAUCGUCCUUCUUCUCUCUACCUACAUGGCCCUCGUCUACGGACUUCUUUAUCUCUUCUUCACCACUAUAUCAUCAGUAUUCACCAGCCAAUAUGGCUUUUCUACAGGGCUGUCGGGACUGGCAUACCUUGGCAUCGGUAUCGGCUUUUUCUGCGGACUGAUAUUCAUCGCCUUGACCAACGACAGAAUGCUCGUCAGAUCAACCGCAAAGAAUAACGGCGUAUUUGAACCCGAGAUGCGUCUUCCUCUAAUGAUCAUCUUCGCCUGCAUCCUCCCUAUAACAUUCUUCUGGUACGGCUGGACCGCAGAGAAACACGUGCACUGGAUUGUGCCCAUCAUCGGAAUGUUCCCAUUCGGAGUCGGCAUGAUGGGCGUUUAUAUGCCUAUCCAGACUUAUGUCAUUGAUUGCUACCCCCGGUAUGCAGCAUCUGCAAACGCGUGCCUUACUGCGACGCGUUCUUUGGUCGGCGCGCUGCUUCCUCUAGCGGGUCCCGCUAUGUUUGAAGACUUGGGCCUGGGAUGGGGUAAUUCGCUUCUUGGAUUUCUUGCGCUGGUAUUUGUGCCUAUUCCGAUUGUCUUCAUUAAGUACGGCAAGGCGAUCAGAGAAAAGUGGCCUGUCAAUCUAGAUGGAAAGCAGGUUUGAGUCUGGACCUGGUACUGUACUGGUCCUCAAGGUAUGAAACGAGCUGCAUAUAGAUAAGAUUUUGCAUAUGAAGCGGCGUGGUAAUUUGCAUUAUAAUGUACCAUAAAUUCUAUAGAUUAAUUAAACUACCAACGACAUUCAAGC